AGGAUCUGCUGGAGGAUGGAUUAUGUAAGGCAAACGUAGCGGACCCCACUGCGGAGCACACCCCUCCGAUCUAUUUUUACCUCCUCUGCACCUCAGCCAUAUCCCUCCAUCAUCAUCAUCAUCCUCCUUCUCCUCCUCCCGCCCCUCCUGUUUUCCUGCGUGGACGUUCGCCGUGCUCCAGAAGCAUCUCAGCCUCUUGCCGAGACACGCACGAGCAACGCGGCAGGAUGUCGAUUGUCAGCAUCGUCGCCAGGGAGAUCCUGGACUCCCGAGGGAACCCCACGGUGGAGGUGGACCUCCGCACUGACAAAGGCGUCUUCCGAGCGGCGGUGCCUAGCGGCGCGUCGACGGGCAUCUACGAGGCCUUGGAGCUACGAGAUGGAGACAAGAGCAGAUACAAGGGAAAAGGCGUCCUGAAGGCUGUGGGACACAUCAACGACACAUUGGGUCCUGCGCUCAUCGCUUCUGGGAUCAGUGUGGUGGAACAAGAGCAGCUGGACAACAUGAUGAUUGAGAUGGACGGCACGGAAAAUAAAUCUCAGUUCGGCGCCAACGCUAUCCUGGGCGUUUCAUUGGCUGUCUGCAAGGCAGGAGCCGCCCACAAGGACAUGCCCCUCUACAGACACAUCGCCGACCUGGCGGGAAAUACGGAAAUGGUUUUGCCCGUUCCUGCCUUUAAUGUGAUUAAUGGAGGUUCUCACGCUGGAAACAAACUGGCCAUGCAGGAGUUUAUGGUCCUUCCUGUGGGCGCAGAAUCCUUCAAGGAGGCGUUGAGGAUAGGCUCGGAGCUGUACCACACGCUGAAAGGCGUCAUCCAGCAAAAGUACGGCCAGGACGCCACCAACGUAGGGGACGAGGGCGGCUUCGCCCCCAACAUCCUGGAGAACAGCGAGGCUCUGGACCUCCUUCAGACGGCCAUCGAGAAGGCGGGCUUCACGGACAAGGUGGUGGUGGGCAUGGACGUGGCCGCCUCAGAGUUCUACCGCGACGGCAAGUACGACCUUGACUUCAAGUCCCCGCCGGACGCGGAGCGCCACAUCAGCGCCGAGGAGCUGGCAGACAUCUACCGGGGCUUCGUUGAUAACUACCCAGUGGUGUCUAUCGAGGACCCCUUCGACCAGGAUGACUGGGAGGCCUGGUCCCGUCUGACGGCCAGGGUGGGCAUCCAGGUGGUGGGCGACGACCUGACGGUGACCAACCCCAAGCGCAUCGAGAAGGCGGCCGAGGAACGCGCCUGCAAUUGCCUGCUGCUCAAAGUCAACCAGAUCGGAUCCGUCACCGAAGCCAUACAAGCGUGCAAACUGGCGCAGGCCAACGGCUGGGGCGUCAUGGUCAGCCAUCGCUCCGGCGAGACCGAGGACACCUUCAUCGCCGACCUGGUGGUCGGACUGUGCACUGGACAGAUUAAAACUGGCGCCCCCUGCAGGUCCGAAAGGUUGGCCAAGUACAACCAGUUGAUGAGGAUCGAGGAGGAGUUGGGAGAUCAAGCCCGCUUUGCAGGACACAACUUCCGGAACCCCAGCGUCCUCUGAACUACACACUCACACAAACAAACAAAAGCACGCAAGCACUGAGCCAUACCACACACACUUACACACAAAAAUACGCAAAAUUCAAAUAUGCACUGAACUCCUAUGACGUCACACACGCCCAAGUGGGGUUCAAAAGCCAGACAUGCACUGUUAAUGUAGUUUUACGAGUAGUCGGAAAAGAAAUUUGUCAAGAAAAGGUCAAACCCACACGCACUAACCCUCCUCUUUUCCUUCUCUUCUUCUUGUUUCUCCUCCUUUUGCUUGUGACUCUGACGUCGUGAAUGAGACUUACUGUAAGAGAUUUAAAGGAACAAUAAGAAGCUGCCGAUGCAAAUGUGAGAAAUUAAAUCAUUUACGGUUUCA